AUGAUACAGGACAUCUGGCGCUCUAAAAUUGAUUGGGACGAGGCAAUUCUUGAUGAGGAGUAUAAACAGUGGCAACGCUGGAUUAGCUUAACAGCCAACCUGGACCACGUAAGGAUUCCUCGCUGCUAUUUUCCUCUUUACAAUCCCGGCAGUUAUGACGAGCUGCAGCUACACGUUUUCGUUGACGCAAGCGAGCUAGCGUAUUGUGCCGUUGCGUACUUUCGAAUUGUCGAUUCAAACGGCCCACGUUAUGUAUUAGUGUCUGCGAAAUCAAAAGUUACACCGCUGCGCCCUCAGUCUAUACCACGUAAUGAACUCUGUGCUGCUGUGAUCGGCACCCGACUGUCUAAUACAAUUGACGAUAAUCAUUCUUUGAAAAUAACGCAAAAAUUCUUUUGGAGCGAUUCCUCAACUGUCCUAUCCUGGCUGCAAUCCGAUCCCAGAAACUAUCGACAAUUCGUGGGAUUCAGGGUUGCUGAAAUUCUAGCGUCGACUUCACCUAGUGAAUGGAACUGGGUGCCGUCGAGCUUAAACAUAGCGGAUAAUGCUACCAAGUGGGGAAAUGGUCCCAGUUUUCAACCCGACAGUCCUUGGUUCAAAGGACCUGAGUUUCUUUAUCGAUCUCCGGAGGAAUGGCCACGUCGUGAAAAUCAAUUGAAUGUUACUUCAGAGGAGCUUCGCACUGUUCACCUUCACCUUAAACCAGAUUACGUUGCUGCAGAAGCAGCUAUAUGGCGAGCUGUACAAGGUGAUGUCUUUCAAGAAGAAAUAACGAUUAUACGUAAAAAUCAUAGUACAACAGCCAAAGAAAAGAAGUGCAUCGGAAGGUUCAGCACAUUAGCAAAGCUGUCUCUCCUGCUAGAUGAGCAAGGUGUCCUCCGAAUGGAUAGUCGAAUACACCCUCAAUCAACCUACUACUCAAUCAGUUUUCGAAAUGUAACAAGUCUUCUAAUUCUUCGCUUCCACCAAAAGUUCGGUCACGCAAAUACGGAAACCGUCCUCAACGAACUCAAACAAGAGUACUACAUUCCAAAAAUGCGAGCAACCGUUAAGAAAACUUUAAAACAGUGUAGCUGGUGUCGAGUCUAUCGUGUAAAACCGUAUGCUCCAAAAAUGGCCCCACUCCCUCAACCGAGAAUAACCCCUUUCGUUCGCCCAUUUACUUUUACCGGCAUCGACUAUUUCGGUCCUGUUAUAAUCAAACGCGGUAGAUGUAACGAAAAGCGAUGGGUGGCACUCUUCACAUGCCUCACCAUUAGGGCAGUGCACCUGGAAGUGGUACACACACUAUCGUCGGACUCCUGUAAGAUGGCAAUACGUAGAUUCAUAACAAAACACGGACCCCCCAAAGAAAUAUUUAGUGAUAACGGCACAAAUUUCCGUGGCGCUUCAAGGGAGCUUAAAGAAGAAAUCAUAAAUUUGAAUUUCCAACUAGCAAAAUCGUUCACCAACAAAUUCACAGCGUGGAAUUUCAAUCCCCCUUCUGCUCCACACAUGGGUGGUGUGUGGGAGCGAAAGGUACGAUCAAUCAAACAAGCUUUUAAGACGUUAUCUUACAACGAAAAACUCGAUGAAGAAAGCCUGAAGACAUUUUUAGCUGAAGCGGAAUUGAUCGUCAAUUCUCACCCAUUGACAUUUGUGUCUUUGGAGAAUCAAGAAGACGAGGUUAUUACACCCAACAGCUUUUUAUGGCCGAACUCAUCGGAAGGAGAUAAGCCUCCUAGAAUUCCCAUAGAUGCCGUUGUUAAUCUUCGUACGAACUGGAAAUCAGUGCAACAUCUUACGAACAGGUUCUGGAAAUGCUGGAUCAAAAGUUAUUUGCCAACAAUAGCUCGACGAACAAAGUGGUUCUCCGAUGUACGUCCAUUACAAAUCGGCGACCUGGUAGUGAUCGUCGACGAAUCAGUACGAAACGGAUGGCUGCGCGGAACCGUGGAACGAGUUUAUCCAGGAUGCGACGGUGUGGUCCACAAAGUGGAUGUCAGAACUGCAGAUGGUAUUUUUCAACGACCAGUAAUCAAGGUUGCGCUCUUGGACGUAAAAGAUGAUAGUAAAACCGAGUGA